AUGCGUGCCUCAGUCAUGGUCGCCGCCGCAGCUUGCGCCUCCUCAACCAGCGCUUUCGCGGUCCCCCGCGACGAGGACCCUAACUUCGCCUGGCAGGCCCCCGACGCCGCGGCCAAGCGCUCGCCGUGCCCCAUGCUCAACUCCCUCGCCAACCACGGCUACCUCCCGCGCGACGGCAACGCCAUCAGCAUGGACAACCUCAUCUCCGGCCUCGGCAAGGCCCUCAACUUCAACGAGUCCCUCGUCCGCACCCUCGGCACGCCCGCCUUCGCCACCUCUACCACCGGCGACGCCAACACCUUCAACCUCGACGACAUCGCCAAGCACAACGUCAUCGAGCACGACGGCAGCCUGUCGCGCGCUGACUUCGCCGUCACCGGCGACGCAAAGACCUUCAACCAGUCCGUCUUUGACGAGACGUACGGAUACCUGACCGAGGGCGCGGCCGCGACGGAGGAGAAGGUGAACGUGGCGACGAUGGCGACGGCGCGCAGCAAGAGGAUCGCGACGGCCCAGGCGACGAACCCGAGUUUCAACUUGACUAGCAGCCAGGUCACCGUCUCAUUGGGAGAGUCUGCGGUUAUCCUUGGUACAUUGGGUGGAAGCUUCUCCGAGCCUGCUGCGCCGUUGGAGUGGAUGAAGAUUGUCUUUGAGGAGGAGCGUCUGCCAUUCAAGGAGGGCUUCAACACCAGCACUGAGGUCAUUACCACCGCUCAGGUCCUGGGGCUGUCGCAGCUCAUUGCUACCAGCAGCACCUAA